UCAGCACGUCGACGAGGGGUUUUCUCUGGCAGGGCUCCGCUAACCGUGCUCGGGUCUGUGUAUCUGCGACUUUGGCCCGGCUGUGCCUGGGCGAGGAGGCCGUUGUUCGCUCGCGGGCCGCUGGCGCGGUUAUCAGGGGUUGGUGUUGGGACUGACAGCCUUGACCUCCCUCCCGACUUCUAAGGCUCAGAGGUGCCUUGGAGCGGCUGCGGCCCCCCGGGGACUCGGCCCGGGGCAACCAGGGGCCCAUCUCCUCUCGGGGCUCGGAUGGGAGGCGGCGGGAGGUGCGGCCUGGCAUGUUCAGUCUGAUGGCCAAUUGCUGCAGCUGGUUCAAGCGGUGGCGGGAGCCCGUCAGAAAGGUGACUCUUGUGAUGGUGGGCCUUGAUAAUGCUGGUAAAACAGCAACAGCAAAGGGAAUCCAAGGAGAAUAUCCUGAAGAUGUGGCUCCUACUGUGGGCUUUUCCAAAAUUGACCUUAGACAAGGAAAGUUUGAAGUUACCAUCUUUGACUUGGGAGGUGGAAAAAGAAUUCGGGGAAUCUGGAAGAAUUACUAUGCUGAGUCCUAUGGGGUAAUAUUUGUUGUGGAUUCCAGUGAUGAAGAGAGAAUGGAAGAGACAAAAGAGACAAUGUCAGAGGUGCUAAGACAUCCUAGGAUAUCAGGAAAGCCUAUACUGGUGUUGGCAAAUAAACAAGACAAAGAAGGGGCUUUAGGAGAAGCUGAUGUGAUUGAAUGCCUGUCUCUGGAAAAACUGGUCAAUGAGCACAAGUGCCUAUGUCAAAUAGAGCCUUGUUCAGCAGUCUUGGGAUAUGGAAAGAAAAUUGACAAGUCCAUUAAAAAAGGCCUUUAUUGGCUGCUGCAUAUCAUUGCAAGAGACUUUGAUGCCUUAAAUGAACGCAUCCAAAGGGACACAACAGAACAGCGUGCUCUUGAAGAACAAGAGAAACGAGAAAGGGCUGAACGAGUGCGAAAAUUACGAGAAGAGAGAGAACAAAGAGAGCGAGAGCAGGCGGAAAUGAAUGGAACCAGCAGCCUAGCUGAGUUGGACCCCGAACCAAUUAUUGUCAAUCCUUUCCAGCCAAUAGCAUCUGUCAUUCUUGAGAAUGAAAGAAAACUUGAAAAAGAAAAAACGAGACAAAAUAUGGAGAAAGACAGUGAUGGCGGCCCCCUGAAACAUAAAGUGGAGCAUGAGCAAAUAGAGACACAGAGCCAGAUCAGUGACAGUAGCCAAAAAAACAAUGAGCUUGGAAUAGUAGAAAAUUAUAAGGAGGCAUUAACACAGCAGUUGGAGAAUGAAGAUGAGACAGACCAGCGAUCAUCAGAAUCAGAUAACGGUAAAAAGAAAACGAAGAAGCUAAGAAUGAAAAGGAGUCACCGAGUAGAACCUGUUGAUACAGAUGAAUCUGCCCCUAAGAGUCCACCACCCCCACCACCUCCUCCUGUUGGCUGGGGAACCCCCAAAGUCACUAGACUUCCAAAACUUGAGCCUCUUGGUGAAACACGUCAUAAUGAUUUCUAUGGAAAGCCACUGCCUCCCCUGGCUGUGCGGCAGAGACCUAACAGUGAUGCUCAUGAUGUGAUUUCAUAACCAAGUCACAUGGAUGCGCUUUUUUAAUACAGGCAAGAUCAACUACAGGACCUUCUUUCUCAAAGAAGAAAAACCCUGAACAUUGAUGACUGGGGCAAGAUAACCAUAACAAUUUCAGUAAGGAGAUGAAUAGCCAAAGACCAGACUGAUCUGACAAUUAUCCAUGUUAUUCACGGUUAAAAAAAAAAAAAAAAAAAAAAAGGAAGCAAAAUGACCAGUAGAUGGGAUGAGCAUUUGAAUCAAGUUAGCAGGAAUUACUGUAGACUCUGGAUUUUACAGUCCCACUCAUGGGCAUAUUCCUGAAAGAAAACCUCUUCAGAACAAGAGCCAAUGGACUCUCCACACUUUCUUUACUAUUUGUUUAAUAGUCUUUGUUACUGUAUCUUAUACAUUUUUUGUAAGAUACACGUGCAUGGAAGGGGAACUCUUGGGAAUUUAUAACCUAAGUUUUUAACUUUUUAUAUUUUUCUAAAACUUAUGAGAAUUUUAAUUACUAUGAUAUUGACGGCACUUUUCUAUAGAUGCUUUGUUUAAAUUGUGUCUGGAAAUGGAGUUGAUUUAUUUGACAAACAUGAACUAUACAAACAGGACAUAUUUAUAUGGUUUUAGGUAUAUUUUAUAAUAGUAUUGUUCUUGAAGUAUACGUCCUAAGUUUGCCUAAUUUUAAAAUAAUACCUUUUUAAAAUAGAUUCUUAUUCUUAGAUCUUCAUACUUCCAAAUUAUGUUAUCUGAAAGCACCACCCAAGGAGGGUUCAUGUUGUUGUUUGCUUUUUUUUGGUGAUGAUCGCAAUAAAUGAAAGAGACUUGAAAUACUUUCUUGAUCUAAAUGCUUUUUAAAUUAAUAAAAAUGUUAUGUGAGAUAUUAUUAAAAUUUUCAAUGACCACCUCUUUUAUGGGAUAGACCUUUUCAGAUCAAGGUGCUCAUUGUCACUCCCUCGUUCUAUCAGAAGCUACAGUGACUCUUUUAGGUUAUUCUAAUUCUUUUGUGCCUUGAAAAUAAAGGCAAAAAGACUGAAAAAGCCACUGUGGGUACAGAGACUUGGUUUUAUAACCAGGAAGUGCUUGGGUACUAAAUCAGUAAGAAUAAAAAUGUUUGUGUAAAAUUACUUUUAUAAAGAAAGAAUUCCAAAAUAGUUUCUUGAUUUAAAAUAAUAGCACUUCCCUUGUACUGAAGAAUGGCAUCUUUAGGAUUCUCUAUCUAGGCAAACUUUUAGAAAUAUAUUUUGGGUAUUAGAUUUAUAAUGUUGCAUUAAUUGAAAGUAUAUAAAUUUAUAUCAAGGUGAAAAUACUAUAAACAACAUGAAUCCUUACCAACUUGUUAAAAUUGGUAAGUUUGGUAACUUGUACUGACAAUAAACAUAUACUAGUAUCUGACAGUAAUAAGAUUAAGUAUGUCUAAGGCAGUUUACUAUGAUUAUUUACUUUAAAAAUUUUACUUUGGAGCAUCACAUUUUAGUCACAUUUUUUAAGUCCCGGAACUUUCAUUAAUUGGGUCACUUAUUACUCUAGAGCAUCAUAAUGCAGUCUUUUGAAGUUUUGUGCAUAGGACACCAGGCACACUGAGUAAAAAGCAUUCUACUUCAGAUAUAAAAUUUGUUAACAGCCUGAAUUUGAUAGGUGACCGAAAUGUAAG